CCGCGGCGCGGGCAGGGGGUGUCCGCGUGUCAGCGCCCUCGGGCGGCCGCGUUGUUGCCUGUGCCAGCAGCCGCCCCCGCCGCCCGCGCGCCCAGGCGCAGGUUUGGAUUUUAGAAAAAAAGUCUUCUGGCAGAGACCUGGAGCUUGCUAGUGUGAUAUAGACCACCUCCUGCCACCCUGCUGCAGUGACUUUCGCUGGGAGUGGAGUGGCAGGUCCAGCUGGCCAGCCUCAGCAUUCAUCGAUGUCACCCGUGGCAGGCUGCGAGGAACAGUGGUGGCCAUGCCCUCCUCAGCCCCAGCGGCUCCUUCUCCCCCACGCUAAUCUGCAUGGUGUGGGUGCCCCUGGGACCCCAGAGGACUGAACGUCUGAUCUGGCUUCACACCCCCAGUAACAAGUCCCCCAAGAUGUCGCUGGAGUGGCUGGUAGCCUGGGGCUGGUCACUGGACGGCCUCAGGGACUGCGUGGCCACCGGCAUCCAAUCGGUGCGGGACUGCGACAGCACGGCCGUGGUCACCGUAGCCUGCCUGCUGGUCCUGUUCGUGUGGUACUGUUACCACGUGGGCAGGGAGCAGCCCCGGCCCUACGUGUCGGUGAACUCGCUCAUGCAGGGCGCCGAGGCGCACGGGCUGCAGAAUGGCUUCGCCUACUGCCAGGCGCCCGAGUGCGUGCGCUGCACCCACGAGGGCCUCAACCAGAAGCUCUACCACAACCUGCAGGAGUACGCCAAGCGCUACUCGUGGUCCGGCAUGGGCCGCAUCCACAAGGGCAUCCGCGAGCAGGGCCGCUACCUCAGCAGCCGGCCCUCCAUCCAGAAGCCCGAGGUCUUCUUCCUGCCCGACCUGCCCACCUCGCCCUACUUCUCCCGGGACGCGCAGAAGCACGACGUGGAGCUGCUCGAGCGGAACUUCCAGACUGUCCUGUGCGAGUUCGAGGCCCUCUACAAGGCCUUCUCGAACUGCAGCCUCCCGCAGGGCUGGAAGCUCAACAGCACCCCCAGCGGGGAGUGGCUCACCUUUUACUUGGUCAAUCAGGGGGUUUGCGUCCCCAGGAACUGCAGGAAGUGCCCACGGACGUACCGCUUGCUCGGAAGCCUUCGGACCUGUAUUGGGAACAAUGUUUUUGGAAAUGCGUGCAUCUCCGUGCUGAGCCCCGGGACUGUGAUCACGGAGCACUACGGACCCACGAACAUCCGCAUCCGGUGCCACUUAGGGCUCAAGACUCCGAGCGGCUGUGAGCUGGUGGUGGGGGGCGAGCCCCAGUGCUGGGCCGAGGGCCGCUGCCUGCUCUUCGACGACUCCUUCCUGCACACCGCGUUCCACGAAGGGUCGGCAGAGGAUGGCCCCCGGGUGGUCUUCAUGGUGGACUUGUGGCAUCCGAACGUGGCGGCGGCCGAGCGGCAGGCCCUUGACUUCAUCUUUGCUCCUGGGCGAUGAGGACACUUCCCCGCUGGAGCGGCCAGGGGGGCCGGGGCACACCUGGGCGGACCCGGGACAGUGCGCCCGCCCGGCCACAGGCCACGCUCAGCACCUGCCUCCCGGGAAGCGCCCUGGGAUCUUGGAGGGCGCGGUCCCUCUGCCGCGUGGUCACUGUAAAUGGAGCCCUGCAGCUUGUGUUUCCUUAGGUUUCUUUUCUCCUCCUUCCUUCCAAUUGUCGCUUCUGAGAUUCCUUUCUGGCCAGCUAGCGCGUCCCCUGGGCCCGUGACCAGGGACGCGGUGCCUCUUUGAGUCCGUCUGUCGCGUCGCCCCUUGGUUUCUUCAUGUUUUCAAACAGAGUAACCAAACGGCCACCGUCCGGCUGUCGGAGACGAAGCUGCUCGUGGUCACCUCUAGGCAAAGCAGACGCCAGCCAGCCAGCCACGCGGCCCCUUUGCUGGCACACGGAGGAUCCUUCGGCCGCCCAGGGCAGGGGACAGUCUGAGGUCUCCGCUCCUGGCUGGCUCUGGUGGCAGGGAGCGGGCCUGCAGAUCUCCCCAGGGGUGGCGUCCAGGGUCGGGGAACUGUGGCCACUGUCCUCUUGCCCAAAGCCGUCAGUUCCCUGCAGGGACCGGCCCUCCACUGGUGGCUUCCUCCAGAGCCAAGGCCGGGGUCCUCCAGAGCCGGGCCGGGCUCCCAGGCCAGCAGUGGCCACUCACCUCACUGCCCACAGAUGCCCACUGCCAGGCCAGGCCGGGCACAGCCCCUCAGCGUCUGGAGUCCAGGGUGGUCCAGGGCAGGGCCAGGCUGCCUGGGGGGGAGGCUCGCCACCCGACUCCCAGCAGGGCUGUCCCCGAUGAUGGCAGUGCCAGCUCUGACCAAAGCGUCCCUUUUGACCUGGAGUCUGUUCCCGUGAUUUUCUCCCUGUUUGUUCGCGAAGGUUCCAGCGGCCGCGGGGGGCCGCUGUGUGCCUUGCCGUCCCGCGAGGCUGCGUGCCCAACAAAGGUGACCGGGGCCAGCGUGGGUGAGGGCUCAGGGAGGCCUGCAGACCCCAAUACCUAGGGCCACUGCACCAGCUGGGUGGCCUCCUGUGAAGACAUGUCCGCCCGUAGGAGAGGCCCCGGUGAAACAGCUUCCCUUAGCUGAGAGCCGAGGGGAGCCACACGAGAGGGACCUUGUGGGGACAGUGUCCCGGGGCCAGUGGAGGUCCACGCAGCACAGCAGCAGGAUGGGGCACACAGCUCUGGCGCUGGGCCUGUUGGUGUCCUAAUAUGAACCGAGGUCCCCAGGAGGGGCCGUGUGCGAGAAGCCGGGAUCUGAAGCGCCGGGUGUCACUGGCUGUGUGUGAAGAGGACACGUCUGUGGCGGGCGAGGGGAACACAGGAGGCAGGGUUGUCACCCGGAGUCCCCGUGCCCGUCGCGUGUCUCGUCAGAGAAUCGCCGAGGUGCAUGACCCCACACGAGCCGACCUUCCUGCUCCAGUUUACAAACCAACAGCCACACGGACACCUGGCUGCCCGGCCCCCUGUCAUGGUUGGGGACAGAGAUAAAUAAAGGAUCUUGCUGAAA